AUGUUCUCAUUCAAAGAUAUCUUACUACUCGUCGGAAUCAUGUUCUUCCAGACGAUUUUUCUCUACUUUAUUACCAGAAAUAAUUCGCAAGAAGCCCAAAAUCAAAUUAAUACAAAGAUGACUUCCACCCUCAAAAAGCAACAAAAAAGUAUCUCUGAUCCAUCCGAGACUGUGAAGCAUCUUGGGUAUGACAUUCGUGAAGUCCGAGAUGGGGUUGCGAGAAGUAGUAAUGCCGGAUCUGGCACGUCAAACCUCCAUGCUCGUUUAACUGUUUUACUCUUCAAGGCCAACCAUUUCAAUCUGCACAAUUAUCUAGUUCUUGUUUGA